AUGCCUCCGCAGGCCUCGGAGCAGGAGAUCUGCCAGUCAGUACUGCAUUUCGUCACUGAGGGCAUCUAUCCAGGCUCGGAGGAGGUAAUAGCAUCCGCAUUUCCUACAUCCGCUCUUGCGACUGAACUGGAGCUUCUAACGAAGGCCAGAGAGCAAGUUGAAGCCGAAGUAAGCUCACUCAGUCGAGAGAAUGAUUUCGAUGCCGACGGCUGGAUUUCCCAGGCAAAACAGCUCCAUGCAGACAUUGAGCGGUCUAGGCUCACUGCGCGUGAGAUCGUGGCACAGCACGAGAACACGAAGCCUUUGCAAGCGAAGGUGGAAGACGCUGCUGCAAAGGUCCGACUGAUUCAAACAGAGAUUGCGUUCAACCAGGCCGUGACGAGCAGUCUUGAGGAACUACAAUGUCUUUGUCAACAACUUGAUGCAGGACGGGUGGACCUUAGGGAAGGUCGCAUCAUGGUCGCCAUCGAUACACUGGAGACGUUGGAAACCGCUAUGAAUAAGGAUAAAUUAUUUAUCAACACUAAUGUGAAGCAAAUCCUGAUAGAAAAUGUAUCUGGACUGAGGAAGGAGAUCGCUGAGGCCCUCCGCAUGCUCUGGAACGAGCAAUUGAAGAUCGAUAGGGGGUCAAAGAGCUUUCAAGUCUCAAAAGAUGAGAAAGCUCCGUUGGACGACACAAUUGCGGCGAUGGCUCGAAUGGACAUGCUAAACCCUGCCAUCGAAAAGCUGCAAAAGGACCUUCUACUUGCUUUAGUAGAACCGAUUCUGCUUCCCAAUGUCGAAAAUCACAGCUGUCAGAUUCAAGUCUCAGAAGGUUCAAUUCGUGUUGAACCGGAUCCAUCGGCUGCCACUGUUCCUCAGCUUCUGGAUCGCCUCUCGGGAUUUUUGGGCUUCCUGAGACAGCGCCUACCACAUUCCGUCUUGGAUCCAUUCUCCGACUUGCUCAUUCCGUCCCUGUCCACCAAGUUCAUAUCAUCCUGGCUCUCAUUUGCGAUCCCUACAGAGCUUACGCGUCUAGCUGAAUUCGAAUCGAUUCUAGACUGCGUACUGAAGUUUGCUCAAACAAUCGAGAGCCUAGGCUGGCGCGGGCAGGAAGAACUUGUAUCUUGGGUCAAUCAAGCGCCCCGUCUCUGGCUAGCCAGGCGGCGAGCCGAUUCAUUGGACCAAGUUCGGAAAGUCCUUGCUGCUAGUCAAGGUUCUACGAAGCAGGUAGAGCGAAUUGAAAAAGAGCAAGUAUCUCAAGCGGACGAGGCCUUGUUGGAAAAUGCAACAAACGACGACUGGGAUGCCAGUUGGGAUGAUGAGAACGGAAACGUACCCGAAGAAACCCCCCUUAGUAAUGAGGAGGAGGAUGAGGAUGUCAGCGCAUGGGGCCUCGAUGACGACACCAAGGAGGAUACAUCGAACACUGAAGCUCAAACAUUAGCGUCCGCUAUAGAGGAUGAUGCGGAAGCAUGGGGAUGGGGUGACGAUGAAGAUGGAGAUGAAAGUAUUGAGAAUCCACAGAAUCAGAGCAUGGAUAAAUCCAAGCCUGCCAGAAGCGAAGGUGUGACGAGUCACGCACCUCGGGAAGUUACUUUGACAGAGCGGUACACGAUUACGGACAUUCCGGAAUCCAUCCUAGCGAUCGUUCGGCAGCAGGUUACGGACUCGACGGCCAUAUCACAACCUGGACAUACGCAUUCCCGCAUUAUCUCUUCUGGAGCUGGUUUGCUCGCACUUCCGACCUUGGUUCUAGCGAUGUUCAAGGCUAUUGCGCCUUCGUUUUACAGCCUCAAGCUCAAUGCCGGGCAAAUGUACCUUUACAACGACAGCUUAUAUCUUGCUGAACAGCUCCGCGGCAUGGUAGAGGAGCAUGAGCUUUCGAGACUCGCCCCAGACCUCGACACGCUCGAACGAUUCGGCAAGCUCGCCUACAGCAGAGAGAUGCAGACCCAACGCACCAUUGUCACAGAUCUGCUCGACGGUGCGCAGGGUUUCAGCCAAUGCUCGGAACAACCUUUCCUUGGCGAGUGCGAAAAUGCAGUGAGUGCGACUGUUGACAGGAUUCACGACAUCUACAAGGAGUGGCAACCUAUCCUGUCGCAUUCUGCGCUCCUUCAAUCCAUCGGAUCUUUAGUGUCUACAGUAAUCAACAAGUUUAUUGUUGAUAUCGAAGAUUUGGGAGAUAUCUCGGAGGCCCAGUCUCAGCGUCUGGUUUCUUUCUGUAACCAAGUUUCUAGGCUGGAGGAUCUCUUCAUGCCGGAAACUCCUGAAGGUCCUGAACGAGUGCCCAUGACCGCUGUGUAUGUGCGGAGCUGGUUGAAGUUCCAGUAUCUCAUCAACAUUCUGGAAAGCUCACUCGCCGACAUCAAAUUUCUCUGGCUGGAAGGAGAACUACGGCUGGAGUUCUCAGCGGAAGAAGUGGUUGACCUGAUCGAGGCUCUCUUUGCGGAGUCUGACUACCGUCGAAAAGCGAUCGCGGAGAUCCGGAGACUGUCUAGAGGGUAG